UUUACCGUGUGGCGCUUUCCGCGCGAGCAGGGGUUGAUAUUUUCUCGCGUCUCGUGCGCAUCAUCUGCCCGUCUCGCGUGUCUGUGCCCGUGCGUGUGUGUGAUUUUUGUUGUAUUGUAUUGUUGCGAGAUACCAGCCACCUUUGGCAGUGUGAUUGUGAUGCACCGAGAACGGCUGCCACAGUUCUAACAAGCAGAAUCGGAACAAUAAUCGAAAAGGGAAAACCCUAAAAUACCUCGUGCAUCACAUGUUCGCACAGUGAACCGACACGGAAUAGGGGCGAGCUCUAGGGAAAGGGUUUGUUUUGCGCAAAAAAAAAAGCGCGCGCGUGGUACGUAUCCGAGCAGCAUCAUUAGAGCAGCAAGGUGUGCGAAGGAAAUAGGUGCAAACAAUUGUGCUGUGUUGGUUGGUUGGUUGGUUGGCGACUGCGGAAGUGGUGGCGGCGUAGGAAAGUGGCUGGGGUGCAUGCAAUUAAUUAUUCACGGCCUAUGCAGCUCCUUUCAGGUGGUCCGCUGUGACGUUGAUGGUGGUGCGCUCUAAGUUCCCACGUGUGUGUGUGCGCUCCGUGCUGCUGUGAAAUCCUGGGAAUUUAGUGCUGUGAAAAAAGGGGUUUAUUAAGGGAAGGAAAUGUGAUUAUCAUAAAAAUUUAAGUGAGUGAGACGCAGCUCAGGAUAAAAAAACCCAAAGCCAAGCAAAUAGGACUAACAAACAUGCCCGUCGUGGUCGAAGGAAGCUUUCAACAAUCGACCGGAGCAUCCUCUCGGGCAAUGCCUUCCACCACACCCAGGGCGCUGUCACCAGACGCUUCCGAAGCUGCCUCAAUUGCUAUGAUAGAAGUGUCAGGCUCAUCGAUAGCCGAAGGGCCAGCCCACAAUCAUCAUCAUCAUCAGGACGAUGCGUCGGACGCACUCGUCGGCGACAGCACGUUCAUUAACGGAUGCGCCACAGCGAACGGUGCGGACCUGCUCCAUCCCUGGAACGGUACCGUACCCGACCUGUCGAGGUCUCCAUCGGUGGGUGACACCUUCGUAUCGGCGGCUGCCUCUUCCGACAUGCCGUACCCAUCGUCAUUCGCCGACAGUACGACCGAUUCCGACUCCGGCCCCGAGGAGGAGGAAGCCGACCUGCCAGUAGGCGCUGACCCGUUUGCGUACAUCACAACCGCUACCAUUACGCUCAGCUCCGGUGGCAAUUCGGCCAGCAUGUUUCCGGCCAUGGUGGGACACGGUGCCACUGUCAAUCUUCGGCCGUCGGGCACGAAUGCACUUGCGGCACCGGUCGGAAGCGAAAGACUGCUGCAACGCUCGGGAACAUUGGAGGGUCAGGAUGGAGCAUCACCAUCAUCGUCGUCGUCGUCGUCUUCCUCCUCGGGCAAAACGUCGAUUUCCAUGUCGAUCGCAUCGGUUGGCGAUGACUCGACGGAACGGGAGCUGAACGAGUCGCCCGUUAGCGUGCUGAUUGUGCCGGAGAAAAAAGGACUCUUCCUCAAGCACUCGGAGUAUGAGAUCAAGCUGAAGGGCAUCGAGAAGACGGUCCGCCGCCGGUACAAAGAUUUCGUCACACUCCAUCGCUAUCUGGCGGAGAAGUAUCCAUAUCGACUCCUUCCAGCACUGCCACCGAAGCAGCUGAUGCUGGACUCGCUCCUGGAAGAACGGCGGCGCGGUUUGCAGACCUGGCUGAUCAUCGUGUCGCUCCACCCGGUACUGGGCAGCUCCCCAAUCGUAAGCACCUUCCUGCGCGACACCACCAACGACCACCAGUACCGGCUGCGCGUGACGUACGAGAAGCAGAUGGACGAACUGGUACGGCUACGGCCGGACGCAACUCUGCCGGAGGUAGACCUGGACACACUGGCCGAAUCGCGUACCCGUCUGCACCGUGUGCAGUGCAGCAUGGGACGGUUGAAGCAACUGUUCGAUCGACGCCUGGGCCAUAACCGACGUCAAACAGGCGAGUGUGCCGAAAUCGAACGCAUUCUGCAGAGUCCCGAUCUGCGCGACGCAUUCAACGAGGACGCAACGUUCGAGGAUCUGUCCGCGAGUGAGCGGCUGAUUGCGAAGCAGGUUGAGCGCUAUGUGCAGGUGCAGCAGCGUGCCGUUACCGAACGGUUGGACGUACUGCUGGAGGUGUUGCAUGCGCACAGUCAACUAUGCGAACGGAUCGAAAAAAGCAUCGUAGCUGAUCAGCAGAGAACGCUGACAGGGAAGUCUCCGGGAGCUAAUGCAGGAAGCAGUCGAGUGAAAGUCAAAGCUCAUGCGAUGAAUCAAACCGGUACUAUGGCGCAACAAAAUGAAGCGAAUGGUUCCGCGUUCGAAGCAACUCAACUCGCGCGUCGUUCUGCGUUUGCGUUCAGCUGUGCCCAGGCGGAAACGCUGCUGGCGGAGCGCUAUCUGCAGUCGUUGCCUUCGAUACUACUGUCCUACGCGCACGAGGAGCAACAGCACCAUCAGAAGAUGUCGAAGAUAUGGCAUCGGUUAGUGGUCAGCGAGUCUAGCCGGCUCGACUAAACAGCCACCAAGGGCUUGCGUGAGGAGAUCGUGAAAAUGAGUACAGGAAAUGGCAGGGAAAGGCAAUCAAUUAGUACGGGAAAUGUUUGUUAGGAGGUUGCUGAAUUUCGAUUAGUGAUACGUAGAGUAUACAGUGUUAUAAAAGAGUAGUGUCAUCAGAUGGUAGCGUGCGUAUGAACUUUGAUAAGAAUAUAAUUUAGAUAAUUCAAAUGGAAUGGCUUCUUUCUUAGGAACCUAAGAUUCACUUGAGUUUUUGUUCAUAUUCUCAAAUUAAACUACUGUUAAAUACGUAAUAAAAUUGUAAAUCAUAAAAAGGUUUUCAAUUGUACGAUUGAUUAAGAAUUGCAACACCAUCAAAUAUGAUUUUAAUGAUCUAAAUUUAUUACCUCUAUGUUAAUUAACAAAUAAUAGCAUAAGAUUUUUGUAGUGUAAUGGCGUUGGUAUAAAAAAAAAACAUCAAUAAACAAAUCUGAUUAUCGAA